AUGAUGGUGGGGGGCUACCUGUGGGGCUACCUGGCGGACCGUCGGGGGCGCCGCAGGAUCCUGGUGGUCUCGCUGAUGGUCAACGGCCUGUUCGGGGGUCUGUCCAGCGUGGCGCCCUGGUUCUGGCUCUUCCUGCUGCUGCGGUUCAUCAGUGGUGUCGGGGUUGGCGGUUCGAUUCCCGUUAUCUUCUCCUAUUUCUCUGAGUUCAUGCCCCGCCUGAGGAGAGGAGCCAUGAUCAGCGCUCUGGCCACAUUCUGGAUGGCAGGAAACAUCCUGGCAGCAGGUCUGGCCUGGAUGGUGAUCCCUGCCUCCUGGGCUCACUUCUCUGUGUUCCAGCUGCACUUCCAGAGCUGGAGGCUGUUCGUGCUGCUCUGCCCCGUCCCCAGCAUCACCUCGGCCCUCCUCUUCAGGCUGCUGAUGCCUGAAAGCCCCAAGUUCCUCAUGGAGGUGGGCCGAGAGAAGGAAGCAGUGCACGUCUUCAGACUGAUGUUUGGACUCAACACGAGAAGGAAAGAAAAGACUUUCCCAGAGUUUUCCUUAUGUCCAGCCUCCAGGCACAGAGAGGACCUGGAAGACACCAGCAGUCUCAGCAGCAUUUUAACAAAGGUCUCAGUUCCUGUCAAACAGAUGUUCAGCAGCUCUCUCAGAUCCAGGAGCGUCCUCCUGCUCAUCAUCUCCUACUGCAUUUCCUUUGGUUACUACGGCCUGUGGAUGUGGUUUCCUGAGCUGUUGAAGAAAGUGGAGGUUGGCGGUUCACCGUGCGCCAACGUCUCCUUCCAGCCUUCGGUCCUGAACCAGAGCUGUGAGCCGGUCGGACCAGCAGAAUCCGUACCCGCAGUGUACAUGGAGGGCUUCGUCAUCGCUGCGUCCAACCUGCCCGGAAACGUCUUCACCAUCCUCGUCAUGGACAGCACGGGAGGCAAGACGCUGCUCUCCUGCAGCCUGCUGGUGUCCAGUCUGAGCGUCUUCUUCAUCUACCUGGUUCAGACCAAAGCUCAGAGUCUGACUCUGUCCUGCAUCUUCAGCGGCGUCUCCGUCGUCGCCUGGAACGCCCUGGACGUGAUGGGACCCGAGCUCUACCCCACCAAGCUGCGGUCCUCGGCUCUGGGCUUCUUCACGGGCGUGGGCCGAGUGGCGGCCAUCACGGGUAACAUGGUGUUCGGGCGGCUGGUGGACACGGACUGUGCCGUCCCCGUGCUGCUGGUGUCGGCCCUGCUGCUCACCGGAGGACUGGUGGCUCUGCUGCUGCCUCAGACCAGACAGACAGAGCUCACCUGACCCCCACCUGACCUCCACCUGACUCCCACCUGACCUCCACCCCACCCCCACCUGACCCCCACCUGACCCCCACCCGCCUUUUCACCUGAACCAUUGACGUUUUCUCUUCUUGUCUGAUG